CACUACGUCAGCUCUGGCAUCUCUUCCUGGCAGGGAUAAAUCGACCAUCGGCCAACAAGAGUGCACCGAAUAGCUUCAGGAAGAAUUUUUGCCAGGAACUAGGUCGAAUUUGUAGUUAAAAGGCCAGAUCAGGCCGGAUCUAGAAAUACCCACAGCUGAGCGCUCCAACAUAGUACAAUAGUGGAGAACAGCACAGCACAACUCUGCUUCGGUGGCAUUGUACGGAUCUUCAUCCUAAACGUUGCGCGGCGUGAACGGCGGUUAUUGCCCCAUAGUUAUUUGCUGAUUUCAUUCCGUCUGCUUCACCGAAGACUGAGUAUGGUCAUGGAGAAGUUCAUUGGCACAUGGGUGGAGGAAGGAAAAGAGGGCUUUGAAGAGUUCGCCAGUGCAUUAAACCUGUCCCAGGAGAAACGUCAGAUGUAUAACACCAAAACGAGACUGCAGUACAGCAAAGACGGCAACAGCUGGUUCCUAACGGUCGGUGUGGAAGGGGCCAGUCAGGAACGUACAUACAACUUCACUCCAGGCCAAGAAUACGCUGCCGCAGAUAUUGAUGGCUCCUCGAUGACUAGUCUGAUAAACAUUGAAGAUGAUAAAUUUGUGGAGAAGCAUACAUUCUCUAGUCUGGCCGGAGCAGAAAUGGCGAUUACACGAGAGGUGAAAGGGGAUUACAUGACCGUGACGUCAAACGUUGGGGGAAAUGUCCUUGUUACAAGGUAUAAGAGAGUUUAAACCAGUGCACUAAGGAAUUUGUCAGUGUCCAGUCGUCAGCUGGGACUGUCGUUUGGAACCUCCUUUCCAAGUUGUUUGUGUCAAUGAGCGCUUGACCUGUGACGUUCUUAUACCAGCAUGCUUAAGUGUAAGUUUUCAGUAACAACAAAAUCUCUGAAGUGUCCUUGAAUUUGUGUCCGAACAACUCUUCGUCCGAUCUUUACAUUUCCUUCAACUGAGCUAGACACAUGUACGUUCUUAGACGAAGGACGGCGUUUUACUCUGCGCAAUCCGGUUUCCUCUAUCUAUAGUCCUGACCAACGUUACCUUCGGAAAAAUAUGGUCUCGGGUCAAUAGUCACAUUUGUAUUAUGCAUGGCUUUAAAGGUACAAUUGCUCAAAGCCUCAGUUUAUAUCAUUUAAGUAGAUAUGUUUAAAAUAAGAUCUCUCAUAACAAGAAUUUCGUUUCUUUGACAGUUAUUGCUCCAAUAACAAUAGUGAUGGCGUGGUCUGCUUUCUAAAUGGCAAACUGAAAUGGUUUUUAGAUGGUGUUAAUUAUGUAAACAAUUUUGCACAUGUAUUAUCAGGACACCGAGUACAAAUCCUGACAGUCUGUAGCAUUUACAAAGCACCGAUAAUUGCCUCUCCUAGAUUAUGUAAUGUCACCAUCCUGUAGGUUUCCUGACCCAGUCAACUGCUUAGAGGGACUUCACAUCACAUUUUGUGAAGCGUGACUAAAGGAGGCCACCAGAACGUCAUAACGUUCUAAAAACAAAAGGGAGAAAUAAAUUAUUUUCACAAGAAAAGCCGUCACAGAUUUAUACUAUAGCAGGACAGUGCUUCAAAAGCCGUUUGACAAAAUGUAUAUUUGAUAGGUCAUUACGGUGUCAAUCAUUAGUCAUCCGUACAACAGAUAUGUGAACGUCUUUUAGCUCCUUUUUAACUGUUUUUAACUGAUGGUCAAAUUUUUGGGCAGUCUGCUUGUAACUAUAUUUGUCUAGAUGUGGAAAUUUAAGGCAAAUUUUACCCUUGUUAAAAUUGUUAGUACCUACAAUCUCCGCGAAUGAAUGUCAUCUAAUGUUAGAAAAGCAGUAACACCUCGGUUUGGAACAGACUACCAUGCUACAUUAUUGUUGUGUCCAAUGUUUGUAUAAACUCAUUGCGAAAUAGAUGUAGGUAUACAUGUCGUUACAUAUCUCAAGUCUAAGACAUAAUGUAAUGUUUACAUAAAUAUGCCUAAAUGUGUUGUGAUACGAUGGUCGAUGGGACCAUAUAGAUCUAUGUGUUUGGAACCUUGGCUACCUGGUGACCAAUACUUGCGAGUUAAUAACAGUAAUGAUUCAUAUGUAAAGCCUAUAUGAUUAACUGCCAAUAAAGAAUUCA